CUUGCUAUAUUUUUUGAAAAAUUUCUAGGUAAAAAUAAUAAAAAAAGAGAAAAAAAAGAACAUUAAAAUAAAAGAUGGCUACUUCGAGUGUUUGUGGUUGCUUUGGAAACCUUCGACCAAGAUACAAACGAUUAGUGGAUAAUGUCUUCCCAUCAGAUCCAAGUCAAGGUCUUGUCAAAUCAAACAUGGAGAAAUUAACCUUCUAUGCUUUGCAAGCUCCAGAGAAACUCGAUCGAAUUGGUGAUUACAUGUUUUUGAGGAUUAAUAAUCAUUUAUACCGCAAACGUAUUGGGUUUGUUUACAUAGCAAUGGAGGCGAUGGAUCACUUGUUGUUGGCUUGUCGAUCAUCCAGUUUGAAUUUGUUUGUUGAAAGUUUCUUAAAGAUGGUCUCAACUCUACUGGAGUCAAGUGAAUCGGGUUUGCAGAUAUGUGCAACAAAUUCUUUCGUAAAGUUUGCAAAUAUUGAUGAAGACACCCCCUCAUAUCAUCGGCGUUAUGAAUUUUUCAUUUCAAGAUUCAGUCAGUUAUGUUAUGGAAGUAACGAAGAUUCUGAAAUAGAAAAAAAGAUUCGUCUAUCUGGCUUACAAGGACUUCAAGGUGUUGUACGUAAAACAGUGAAUGAUGAUUUACAGGCGAAUAUUUGGGAUGAUGUUCAUAUGAGUAAGAUUGUUCCUGCUUUGCUCUUUAAUAUUGAAUCCAACUCAGAGGCAUUACUUCGGAAAUCUUCCGCAAGUAUGUCUGCUCAAGUGGAGAGUCCAGAUGACCAAAAUGAAGACCCUGCACAUCUUGCUGAUUUGUGUUUACGUGAGUUGGUUACACGAGCAGGUUUCAAUAACAUCGCCGCCAUAUUGUAUCCCUUACUUACAUUUAUGGACACGAGAAGCUUGUGGUUAAAAAAUGAAUUUCCAAUUCAUAUUUUCAAGAUUAUUAUGUACUCGAUCCCGAAUCAAUAUUCGUAUCGUGCAAUUGAACUCCUUCUCUCACAUCUUGACAAGCACAAAAACAGUGAAGCGGAAAUGCGUGCAAGUGUGGUGGAGAUGAUAUCAGCUUCGGUUGGAAUUGCUACUGUAGGAUCUAUAGGUCCUUCUAUUCUGGAAGUAUUUAACACGCUACUGAAGCAUUUAAAGAUCUCUGUUGAUUUCAUGUGCACUAAAGACAGCAAGUCUUCAUCGAGCAAACCCGAGCACAGUGAAGUAUUGGUGCAAAAUGCAAUCAUUAACGCAGCAGGUGCUUUCUCAUCAAUCCUAGCCGACUACCAACGUGUAGACGUGAUGUUAUUUAUUAUCAUGAAAGUUCCCAAUUUAAAUUCCACCGACGCGAAGAAGAAGCAGAGUAUAGUAAGCGAAACUGAAGAAGAUAUCGGUAUUGCCACCGCUGAUCCCACUGAAGAACUUGUGCAGCUUAAUCUGUUGAAAUGUUUACUUCAGGUCGCUGAAAGUCAUCGAACCAAGCAGUUUUCUUCUACAUUUUCCGCCAAACUAAUGGAUGCUGUCUUGACAGGCUUGUUGUUUAAAAAUUCAGAUGUUCGAUUUUAUGUUGGCAAAUUAUUAGUAUCGCUACUCGAUCGACACAAAAAUCUCAAAGCAAUAGACAAUCUAAGCUUGUAUUCGACCACGGGCGAGUUAACUUUCAACAUUGAGAAAUGUUCCCGACAAGAUUCAGUUUUUAUGAAAAAGAACAGUCAGUAUUUCUACUUUCACCUGUAUCAAAGUUGUCGUUUGUUGAACAAUCGUCCAUGUGAUAUCAAACUGCUGACAGAUAUAAUUUGCUUACUGGCGUUGGAGUUUGGUGAGGAAGAUGUUAUUGUCGAAUUGGUUGGUUUUGUCCUGGGAAUACAGAAUUAUGCAAGAUCGAAAGAUUGCAAACUAACGCUGACUCAGCAGUCUUGUUUACAUUCUCUCACAGUUGUAUUUUUCUUGCUAAUCAGUGACUUGACAACCAUACCUUCUAUAUUACGUCAUUGUGAAGAGGUUCUAGCGAAAAGACACGAGCAAGCAAGAUGGCUGCUUCCGUCAGUAGCGUUUGCAGCUGAUGACGUUUUAAUUGACGAGCAAAGACAUUCUACAUUAGACGACAGUUUCUUCUUCGAUAGAAACACAAUUGUAAAUGCGUUACGAAGUAGCAACUAUGAGACGAAUGCCAUUGAAACGCCAUAUGAACCAAAACCAGCUGUUCGUAAUUUAUCAAAUGCAUCCAUUCCUGAACACAUUCCGAUUGUGAAAGCUGACUCCCUGUUAAGUGUUGGGUCAAGCAUAUACAGAGUGGAUGCUCCAGUACCUAAAAUUACUUAUGAAGAUUUAAAAGAUGCAUUACGUGGCGAAAAUGUGGAGAAGAGAGAUCAUGUGUUAGAUUUUCAAACAGUUCCUUAUGAAGAAAUAAUUAACCAUAACACAAGAGUGAAACAAGAAAUCGAAAAUUCGUUGAAGAAAUCUCUCGAUGUCGCGUGUCGAACUUUGGACACUCCACGAAACCAAGAACUUACAAAGAACUUGUUUGAGAUUGAGUUUCCAUCUCUACUUGUGUAUUAAUUAGUGAUCCAUCAUUGUACAUAUUUUAAUUGAAUAGAACACUUUAGAAAUAUAUAA